GUGUAAAAUUCGUGAAACAUCCCAUGCAAGGAGUAAAUUGUGACUGAUAUAUGUUAGUCUCGGGAAACGACAUUUCAACUGACAAAAAUUCCGAAACAUGCAGUGAAAACUGAAAAGGCAUUGUCCUCAAUUAGGAGAAUCAGCAAAAAAGAAGGGUUCUCGGGGAGUGUUGAAUGUUGCACAGCAUGGCAAAAGUAGUCGUGUUAAGGUGUUUGCUAAAGUAUGAAACAUUGCAGAGACGGAGGACGUCAUUUGCUUAGGUCUGCUGAUUCGAUCACCGCUCUUCAAACACAAACGUUGAAUGUCACGAUCGGUAAUUAUCUUUGCAAAAGUGAACGAGACAAAAAAAAAAUCCUGGUAAGAAAAACUGUAUCGUGUUUAAUGAAAAAAGUUGGCUGCAUUGAACAGACUUAAAAGAGAGUUACAAGAAGUGAUUACUAAGAUCAACUUGGAAAAUGGUGUUUUCAAACAACAGCACGACGUGUCCUUCGAACAAGAACCAAGAUUUCAACAAACUGCUCGGCGACUUACAAGUGGGCAGUUUCUGCAUUUACUCCUUCAUCUGGGUGUUGGGAAUUUUGGGAAAUAUCGCUGUCAUCUUGACGAUAUGUAGAACGAAACGACUUCGUUCUUCGAGCAACUAUUUCAUCGUGAAUCUUGCUGUUGCCGACUUGGCUUCACUGUGUAUUGCAAUGCCCAUGAUUUUAAUAGUUCAAAUAACAGACUGGCCAUUUGGUCUGAUAGUUUGCCGCUUUAUAAAUCCCCUGAAGGACCUAUUCUUCCAUGUUUCUAUGAUAACCAUUACAGUCAUAGCGAUGGAUCGAUACGUUCACACUGUAUAUCCCUUUAAGACCCCUAUCUCCCUGUACAAAGUCAAACUCAUCAUUUUGUUGAUAUGGCUGGUGGAUUACCUUCUCAUACCGCUACCAAUGGGAUUUGUCAUGAAAAUACAGCGACAUCAAAUGAACGGCCACGAGGUGUGCAUGGCAAUAUUCACCCCGGAAUGGCAAAAAAUCUCGAUUUUGCUCCUAUCCAGCUUCCUGUUUUUGUCGCUCUUCCUUACAGCAUUUGCCUAUGUUGGUGUCGGAUUCGCUAUGUUCAAACAACGUAAACGGAUAAAACUGAGGGCACAAGACGCAGGCAUUCAAGCACGAUCACUGAAGCGAGAGUUGGAGAAGAACUUGAAGACAGUAAAACUUAUGAUGGCGAUCGUGGUGGCAUUCUGGUUGAGUGUAUUACCGUUGACAAUGUUCGCAUUACUCCUAGAGUUGAAAGUAUUAAUGCCGACACGUGAACAGUACGUGAUAAUAUUCUUCCUUGUUUCACACUUGCUAUUUCUGCAACAUUGUAUCAACCCUGUCAUACUUUACCUUCUCAGCAAGGACAUGCGCGCAGGUUUUUAUAUAUGUUGCACGUGUUUUGCUGUAUUUCGGCGGGCGAACGCGAAGGUUAAAAAUCCCCAGCAACAUCUUUUAAGCAACGGGUCGGGUACAAACGAAAUGUUGAAAAUGUACAGUUUACAGGAUGAAGCGGAAUGCACAUGAUUGACGGUGUUAUAAUUUAUUGGAACAAGAAGCAAAUAUAGUAAGAAACUUAUCUUUUGUAUAUCGGAUGUAUUUUACGGGUAAGUUUAUUCAGAUUUGAUCAGAAAUAUAAAAACAGAUCAUGUAGAGUUGUUAGUAAAGAUUUGGUCAGAAAUAUAUAAAACAGAUCAUUGUUAUUUUGUAAAGAAA